GUUUUUUAUGGUAUGGUAAAAACACAUAGCUGAUUACAACCGUUCACAAGUAAUAUAAUAUACAGAUUUUUAAGUAUAUUUGAAAUAUACGCUAAUCAAUUUACCAUCUACAAAACUAUUUCUAUAUAUAUACUCUAUGUAACAUUAUCUUGGUGCGCAUGGUGAAUUGUACAGUGAAUCGUGAACAAUUAAUCGUGUCACUGCAUUAAUAGAAAUCUUGUUCAUGAUUUAAACACAGUUUACAAACAUGGAUGCUUUGAUGACAGUGAUAUUUAUAGGAAUAAUUUCUUUGGGUGUUUGGAAAGCUUUGAUUAUUUUGUUAAAGUACAAAGAACUGUGUAGCAUACUGAAAAAUAUUCCACAAAAGCCGUCACACUGGCUACAAGGACAUGGAAAAGAGGUGAAAGAUUCGAUAACGUACAACAACUAUGUAAUGGACAUUAUUAAAGGGGGAGGCAGGAUGUACUGUAUUUGGAACGGUCCAUUUCCUGCUUUAGGGGUGUGUCAUCCUGAAACUUUUCAACAGCUGAACAAACAAGCACCAAAUAAAGCACGUGGACUUACAGAUUGGUAUAGAAUAAUGGAACCAUGGAUAGGGGAAGGUCUGACAAUAAGUGGAGGUAAGAAAUGGGAAAGAAAUAGGCGCUUACUUAACCCGGCGUUCCAUUUUGAUAUUCUUUCCGGGUAUGUGGAUGUAAUGAAUGACGUCACAGACUCAUUGCUGGACAAAUUAGAGGAAGCCUCACAGAAGAGUGGUUCGGUGGACACAUUUCCAUAUUCAUGUCGUGCAGCCCUAGAUACAAUGCUGAGAUGUUUAUUGUCUUACGAAGGCAGUAUGUUAGAGUCGAACGAACACGAAUAUAUCAAAGCUGUACAACGUUUAACGAUGAUUAGUUGGGAACGUAUGAUGCAGCCACUUCUUUUAUUUGACUUUCUCUUCAACUUGUCUCCACUCGGACGAGAGCAUAAUCGCUUGAUAGAGGUGGUACAUAAAUUUACAGGAGAUAUCAUUGAGGCUCGACGAAGUCUUAUGAAAGAACAACCGGAUACAACUAAACAGAAAGAACGUCUUGACUUUCUGGAUAUACUACUGACAGCUAAAGAUGAAAAAGGUCAAGGUUUGACCCAACAGGAAAUUCAAGAUGAGGUGGACAAUAUUGCAUUUGCAGGUCACGAUACGUCAGGUUCGAGUAUAAGCUGGGCAAUCUAUGCAUUAGGACAAAACUUGGACAUACAAGAAAAAGUUUAUAAGGAUGUGCUGACUGUAACUAAAGGGAACACGCAUAUAACACAGAAUCAUCUCUCCCAGUUCAGAUAUUUGCCGCUCUUCAUAAAGGAGGUGUUGAGGUUUUACAGUCUCGUGCCGAUAGUUGCUAGGAAACAUUCAGAACCAAUCACAAUAGACGGAAUUGAAAUACCUCCCGGACCAAGGGUUGAUAUAAAUAUAUACGCCAUACACCAUAAUCCUGAAGUCUGGAAAAAUCCUGACGAAUUCAACCCGGACAGAUUUGACAUAGAACAACGUAGCGAAACAGAUAUAUAUGGAUUUAUUCCAUUUUCAACUGGGUCAAGAAAUUGUAUCGGACAAGUAUUUGCCAUGAACGAAAUAAAAAUAGCGCUUGCAAAGUUUGUGAAUAGAUUUGAGGCAUUGCCAGUGAAGGACCACAAGCCCCAGUUUCUACCGUCUACUGUUCUGAGAUCAUUAAAUGGACUACCUGUCAUGUUGAGGCGUAGACAACAGUAGGGCUGCGUGUUUUAGCUGCUACGAUUUUAAAUACCGUUUCUGUACCAUUCGUACUCUAUCAGAUAAUGGUCUUUACUAUUCUUAUAUCAAUCAACACAACACAUGUACUUACGACCUCCCAAAAGACGUUCUUGUUCUAGUGAAGACGGAAUUAUAAGGGAUAUACAUGUAUUGCAUUGUUUUAACGUAGUGGACCUGUGACAAGUAUCAGAAAAUUACGAAUCUCGACAUCUUCCGUUUUUUUACGGAGAGUCAUGUUUGCGUUGAAAUAUAUUUAUGUCCGAAGAUUGCCGAAUUGCUUAACGAGAAAAGUAAUUCCAUGGAAAUGGCCGAGUGUUACUAUUACAAGUCCACUACUUCACUCUUAAAACUCAAGAAAAGAACUUUAUUAGUUUUUCAUGUUUUUGUUUUAAUUUAAUUUCCAUUGCUUUUAUAUUUAACACCCAAAGUUAAACCGCCAUUCAGAUAUACUUAUGUAAAAAUUGUCUGUCUUUUAGGCGUAUGCUUUGUUGCUUUUGUACUGAAAUUGAGAUAUGUUUUUAGCAAAACUUCCAAAAUAAAUGCCCACAAGUGUACCUUUAUGGCAAAGUUC